AGGUCGACACCCGGUAUUGCGGAUCUGGAUUUUCCCUAUUUCUUAAAGGGAAUCGGGAAAGACGCGGGAAGCAGUUUCUUUGGAGGUUUCCACAGAGUUUCGUACCGGUGAGAAUCGAUCAGAACGAGAAGAGAAAGAUGCGAGGAGUCGUCUCCUUUCUCCUGUUGGCCUUGGCCGUCUCCACCUCCGCCACAUUCCUCGACACCAAGCGACGAUUCGUGGGUCGAUUGGCCGAGGUGAGGGGCGAUUUCUGGCAGGACCUCCUGGACCAGCUCUUGAUUCUCCUGGACGACAUCGUGAAUGCAUUAGAAGACGCCAGCGACGAACUCCUCCAGGAUCUCCUGGCGCAGCUGGAGCAACUGCUCUUGCAGUUGGCGGCCCUGGGAGGCGUAGCCUGGGCGGAUCUCAUGGACAUCCUCAACGACUACUGGGACCUUCUGGGCCCCCUCCUCGGCGAUCUCCUCGGGAACCUCGGGAUCUUACCCUUCAGACAUCGUCACCAUGGGGCAGCAAGCAGUCACCACGAUUUCAGGAUGGAAGUUCGCCACGCUGCAAUCCACGGCUUCGUGCUUCGAUUGAGGGAGAUGAAGGGCGAUUUCUGGCAGGACCUCUUGGAUCAGAUCUUGAUACUCCUGUAUUACCUCAUGGAGGGAUUCGAAGACUUCAGCGAAGACGUCCUCCAAGAUAUCCUGGCGCUGCUGGAACAACUGCUGCUGCAGCUGGCCGCCUUCGGAGGCGAAACCUGGGCGGAUCUCAUGGACUUCCUCUCUGAGAACUGGGACCUGCUGGGCCCCCUCCUAGGCGAUUUCCUCGCCGACCUCGGAAUUUUCCCCUUCGGACAUCACCACAGUUAGAGUAAGGGGGAAAGAAUCCCCCGUUUCGCUGACGUGAAACAGAGAAAAAUGAACCACUGAAUCGGAAC